GGCGGCGAAGGAGGAGGAGGAGGAAGCGGAGCGGAUCCGACGCGAUGGAGGCGAUCCCGGUGCCCGCGGCCUCUCCCGCCGCCCUGGUGCCGGUUGCCGCCGCGGGCCCCGUCGUSGUGACGGGGAAGGAGGUGGUGUCGCCGGCCCCGAAGCAGCCSAAGAAGAUCUUGGAUGAGGAGGCGUAUAUCGAGAGCUUGGAGAAAAUCAUCCAGCGAGACUUUUUUCCCGACGUGGAGAAGUUGCGAGCACAGAAGGACUAUCUGGAGGCUGAAGAAAAUGGUGACUUGGAGAAAAUGAGACAAAUUGCUAUCAAGUUUGGCUCUUCCUUGAAUAAAUCAUCGAGGGACACACCUGCACCAUAUGUUACCCCAGCCACGUUUGAAACCCCYGAAGUGCAUCUAGGUGGCCUUCCAGUGGGGGGAAAUAAAUCCAAAGCUGGCAUCAAAACUGCAGAGGAAGGAGAAGCAGAAAAAGAUGAUAAAGAUGCACUUCCCAGUCUGGACACRUUCUUGGCAAAGCACACGAGUGAAGAUAAUGCUUCCUUUGAGCAGAUCAUGGAGGUGGCCAAAGAGAAGGAGAAAGUCAAGCAUGCCUGGCUGUACAGUGCAGAGGAGGAGUACGCCCGGCGACAAAAUGAAAACUUGGCACUGCCUUCAGCAGAGCAGCAAGCUCUGGAGAAUGUAAAAGCUGGUCUGGAUACCUGGGAAUACACAGCUCGAAACACCCUCAUGUAUUAUCCUACAGGUGUACCUGAUGAGAGUGAUGUCUUUAAGAAGCCCAGGGAAGUUGUGCAUCGAAACACCCGUUUUGUGAAGGACCCUUUUAGCCAAGCUGUGAGCAAAUCACAGCUCCAACAAGCUGCAGCCCUCAAUGCUCAGUACAAACAGGGCAAAGUGGGACCAGAUGGGAAAGAACUGAUACCCCAAGACUCUCCAAAAGUUAAUGGAUAUGGAUUUGUGGCUACCCCYUCUCCUGCCCCAGGUGUGAAUGAGUCUCCUUUUAUGACAUGGGGUGAAAUUGAAAGCACCCCUUUGCGUCUGGAAGGGUCAGAAAGACCAUAUGUGGACAGAACACCUGGACCAGCUUUCAAGAUCCUGGAGCCCGGGCGCCGUGAGAGGUUAGGACUCAAGAUGGCCAAUGARGUGGCAGCUAAAAACCGAGCAAAGAAACAGGAGGCACUUCGAAAAGUGACAGAAAACCUGGCCAGCCUUACGCCUAAAGGACUGAGCCCAGCAAUGUCACCGGCUUUGCAAAGACUUGUAAACAGGACUGCGAGUAAAUACACCGACAAAGCCCUGCGAGCCAGCUACACUCCCUCCCCAGCCCACACAGGAACUCCUGGUUACAAAACUCCAGCCAGUGGGCCUCAAACCCCGCAGAGCACCCCGCAGUCUAGGACAGAAACUCACACACCAGUAUCUCAGGAUACUACCUCCAUCACGGACAAUUUACUGCAGCUUCCCAAAAGAAGAAAGGCWUCUGAUUUCUUCUGAACAUUGCAAUCCACCAUCAUGGUGGUGGUGAGCUGGCUGUGCUCAGUGAACCACACACUGGUUACUGGAAACUGGGAAAAUUGGGAUAAUUUCUUAAAGAUAU